AUGGCAAAGAAGAUAAAAGUCCAUGGACUCUUUGCAACCAAUAAGCCGCGCGGUAUGUCAUGCGCCAAAGUUUUAGAAUUAAUCGACAAGGUCUCCCGUGCGCAUGCAGCAUCCACAAGAAUAGAAAUGACGCGUAGAAAAGUAGUCAAAUUGGGAUGUGGGGGAGCAUUGGACGAUAUAGCAGCAGGAGUAUUGGUUGUGGGAGUUAAUGAUGGAGCCAAAGAACUAAAAAGAUUUACAAAAUGCGACAAGACUUAUGAAGUGACCACAAUGUUGGGUUUUCAAUCUGAUGCUCUUGAUGUUCGAGGACAACACGCUGAGAAGAAACCCUUGCCCAGCGGGCUUGAAGAAAAACUACGAGCCAUUUUACCGAAAUUUGUUGGAGUCAUUAGACAGCUGCCACCAAAAUAUACUGCAGUGAACAUAGAUGAGGGUACACGUCUACACGAAUAUGGUCGUAAGCAAAUUGAAGUAACAAGACCAUCUGAACCGCGCUUCGUGCGUAUUGAUCGCUUGGAACUACUCGACUAUACGACAAGACAUAAUUAUAAACCAAUCAUGCGAAAACGUGAAGACAGCGACGACGUCGACGCUAUAUCUGAUGAAUCAAAGGCGUUAGUGUCGUCCAAAUCACCUAGUGAGUCUCCAUAUCCGAUAUUUAAGCUUAAGGUUGAAUGUGGUGGGGGGGCCUUUAUUCGUUCCUUGAUUAGAGAUAUUGGUAAACAGCUCGAUACACCGGUUUCUUUGGUAGACUUGGUGCGUACGCGUGAAGCUGAAUUCGUACUUGGAGAGAAUACAAUGAGAUUUGAAGAUCUCGAUGAUUUUGACAAUAUUUAUAAAGCAAUUAAUGACCAUAUUAGAUUAAUUAGAAAACUAGAUUACGGUGAUUUCAAACUAUAG